UAAAGAUGCAUCGAAUACUGCUAGCUGGUUUGUGUUUAUUCGUGGCACUGCAUUUCGUGUACGCGCAAUGGGACUCUGUUGGUGUAGAGACUAAACUCACAGUUGAUCCAGUAAAACUUAAAGCUGUAAAGUCUGACAAGCAAGCCCAUAGCCGUCUGAAUGGAUUUCUGACUGAAAAUUUUAAAAAUCGUGAAUCUGCAAAUGAAUACGGACAAUUUCACAUCAGUAACAGAGAGGUGUAUAUAAAAGAACAAGAAACUGAGUUUCAAAAGCUACUGAGAGUAAACCAGAUAUCAAAUAUCGAAGCUGCCACUUUUGCUGGAAUCGAUGAUGAUCAACCAAGUGUUAUUCGUGCUUUGUUGGAAAAGCCAAAAUCUGCAGCGAAAGGAUGUAAUCUGCCUGGACAAAAUGGCAACGUUGUACGGAGCCUUCGAAACAAAGGGCGGAUUCUGUACCAAGAUGGGAUGAAUUUACUGCUACAGUUGCGUUACCACUUUGGUGUUCUGCCAGACUUCGAAAAAAUAACAUCAGCAAUUAUUUACGCCGCAUUACCGGGUGGAAAUGACCAGAAAUCAAAGUGGUGGGAAGCACACAGUGGCCUCGAAUACACUUUCCGUGUGUACGCAAUCUCACAGCAUAACUGGAACGAACUGAAUUUAAAACUAAGAAGCGCAUUAGCUCCAAACGAUCGGUUUUCAAGCAACGAAUUUUCCGACGAAAUUGCUCAUAUACUUGGUGAAGAAAUUUCUAAUAGAACUGUUACAUUUAACAGUGAACACGCUACUACUGAUUCAACACAUCCUCUCGACGUUCUACCGAUUCUUAGCCAGUGGAGACGGGAUUCAGUUCGCCAUGGUACAGCAUCGGCAUGCAGAUACAUUCUUAUGGUGACAAAAAAAUAUCAAUCCGAAUGGUCUAUAAAUUCCUCUGAAAACUGGGCAGUUAGCAAGUGGGAAAGUUUCGGUUCAGGCCAGCCCAGGCUCUUACUUGUGUCCAUAGACAGUACACAAUGUACACGGGCGAUAUCCGAAACUGAUGAUAAUAGAAACGACAGCAAAAGCGUUGCCGGUAAAGGUAGCGCCACAUCUGAAGUAAAAAAACACUCAAGCAGAGAUACUGAACAGGCUGCCAGUACGCGUAAGCGUAAAACUCGUAUGGCUACACGGAGCACUAUUUGCCAGCGACAUUCAAUGUGGGUGGACUUUGAAGAGAUGGGUUGGUCAGAUUGGGUCAUAGCUCCACGGGCGUUCCAGUCCUACAGAUGCGCGGGGGAAUGUCCUUUUCCAUUAAGCGGCAAACUAAACGGUACCAACCAUGCAAUGUUAAUGACAAUGAUGAAUUCUGUAGAUCCGUCUAACACCCCAAUGCCUUGCUGUGUACCUACCCGGCUGAGUUCUGUAUCUAUGCUGUAUUUGGAUAAAAAGGACAACGUUGUGUUGCGCCUGUACGAAGAUAUGGUAGUAGAGGCUUGUGGCUGCAGAUGAACAUUAAAUUAAACCGAACUACUGUACGGAAUUUUUGCUAUAGAGUUAUUUGACUUUUUGUGUUGCAGCACACGUAGAUUUUAUCGUUGCAUUUUAAACCAAACGCGCCCACAAAGGCUUUUACCUUUAAAUUUAAUAAAACGAUGAAUUAUUAAGCA